UCUAAAAUCCCUCGAGCCAUUCUCCGUUCUCCGCACCUUCACUCGUUUAAGUUCUCGGUCUCUCCAUAACAGCUCCGUCGUCCUCCGACUUAGUCGCUCGUUAUCAAUCGGCCUUCGCCGUCCCCGUGUCUCAUGUGAAAUAGGUAAUGCUGUAUCUCAUGCUUUGAAAUUUGUCAUCCUGCGAUUUGGAUAUUUACGUGCUUUCUAGGAAUCAGCAUCUCUAUGUCCAAACCAGCUAGUUAGGGUUGGCCAUGCUCUCUGUGUCAAAUUUUUACCCAUCUCCAGUGAGACCUAAACCUGCCUUGCAUUAUUCCCCUCUCGGACGUCAACGCCCUUGGCACUUCUCCAUACCUCCCUCCCUUGAUUUCAACCAUCGCAGUUUUUCCUUGCGCCAAUCACUUUGUAUUCGAUCUAUUGAUGCCGCUCAGCUUUAUGACUAUGAAUCAAAACUCGCCGUUGAAUUUCAGAAUGCCCAGAAGCUCAAGAUUGCCAUUAUUGGUUUUGGCAACUUUGGCCAGUUCCUUGCUAAGACCCUUAGACGCCAAGGACACAAUGUUUUAGCUCAUUCCCGCUCUGAUUACUCUGAUGUUGCUCGUAAACUUGGUGUCUCAUUCUUCCCUGAUCCAAAUGACCUCUGUGAAGAACAUCCAGAGAUUAUUUUGCUGUGCACAUCAAUAAUUUCCACUGAGCAAGUGGUGUUGUCUCUUCCACUGCAGAGACUGAAGCGAAGUACAUUGGUUGUGGAUGUGCUUUCGGUGAAGGAGUUCCCCAAGAAUGUGCUUCUGGAAGCCUUGCCAAGUGAUUUUGACAUUAUUUGCACGCAUCCCAUGUUUGGCCCUGAGAGUGCUGGGCAUGGAUGGAGUGGUCUUACUUUUAUGUAUGAUAUAGUACGAAUCGGGGAUGAAGAUUCAAGAAUUGCGCGUUGCGAGAAGUUCCUGAAUAUUUUUUCAAGAGAAGGAUGUAGGAUGGUUGAGAUGACUUGUGCUGAUCAUGAUAGAUAUGCUGCAGAAUCACAGUUCAUCACGCAUACUGUAGGGAGAGUUUUGGAUAUGUUAAUGCUGGGGUCAACUCCAAUAAAUACAAAGGGGUAUGAGAGUUUGUUAGAAUUAGUAGUGAACACAUCAGGAGAUAGUUUUGAUUUGUAUUAUGGGCUCUUUAUGUUCAACAAGAAUUCUUUGGAAAUGUUAGAGAGGUUGGAUUUGGCUUUUGACGCUUUGAGGAAACAACUGAUUGGGCGUUUGCAUGAUGUUGUAAGAAAUCAGUUAUUUGAGAAUGCUGGAAAGAUGCAAAAUGGUAACCACGCAGUGUUCAAUAAUGCUCAAAACGUAUCCUCCAGAGAUACAAGAUUCCAUGAUGUUGCUCAAACGUACAGCUUCAAGUCAAAUAAUUCAAGCCAGCUUGAUGGGAACUCAAAGCUUAAGAUUGCAGUAAUUGGAUUUGGCAACUUUGGUCAGUUUCUUGCAAAAACUAUGGUACGCCAAGGCCAUGAAGUGUUAGCAUACUCUCGAACAAACUACUCUGACGUGGCCCAGGAACUAGGGGUAUCUUAUUUCAAUGAUGCAGAUGAUCUUUGUGAACAGCAUCCGGAAGUGAUAUUGAUUUGUACUUCCAUUCUAUCAACAGAGAAAGUUCUCAAGUCUUUGCCUGUGCAGAGAUUAAAGAGAAGUACCUUGUUUGUUGAUGUACUUUCUGUCAAAGAAUUUCCUAGAAACUUAUUUCUUCAACACUUGCCAGCUGAUUUUGAUAUUCUCUGCACUCAUCCUAUGUUUGGGCCUGAGAGUGGAAAAAAUGGGUGGAAAGACCUUCCCUUUGUUUUUGAUAGCGUUAGGGUUGGAAAUGAUGAAUUAAGGAUGUCUCGAUGUGAACGGUUUCUUGACAUCUUUGUAAGAGAAGGGUGCCGGAUGGUUGACAUGUCAUGUGCUGAGCAUGAUUGGCAUGCAGCCGGCUCGCAGUUUAUCACACAUACCAUGGGGAGGAUAUUGGAAAAGUUGGGGUUGGUAGCAACACCUAUCAACACAAAAGGUUAUGAGACUUUGCUGAGUUUGGUAGAGAACACUGCCGGAGAUAGUUUUGAUCUGUACUAUGGCUUGUUCAUGUAUAAUAUAAAUGCAAUGGAACAAUUAGAGAGACUGGACCUAGCUUUUGAAUCUCUGAAGAAGCAGCUUUUUGGCCGUUUACACAGCAUCUACCGCAAGCAGUUGUUUGAAAACACGGACAAAUUACAUGCUUUACCAGAUAGGCUCAUUUUGCCAGAGAUGUCUGAAGAGGGCAAAGUGGUAUCAUCCUUCUCAGAGGUUGCGGACGUCAAAUGAAAAUGAUCUUCGGGUUCCCAUCUUGUGUGUUUUUGCUUGCUCCAUCUGCUUCAUAGGCGUGUGUUGUCUAAUACAUGUAGUGUCUCUUUGCUGGAAAAACCAGCAGGAUGGUGUUGUCUUAACAUGUUUUAUUCUAGGAGCGUCGGUUAGCCAUGGAUUCUAUUUAGUGGAUUCGUGAAGCUCUCUCAUAACUUGCGUUAGAGACCGGGGAUGACUAGUCUGAUUAUUGACAGCGACAUUGCAAUUGCC